AUGCUUUCUCCUGCUCUCGCUGCCCUAUCUCUCUUGGCCUUGGCCGGCCCUUCCUCUGCGCGAAUGGUGCGCGCCCCGCCCGUCCUUCGCUCCCACCUCCCCGCGUUCGCCGCUGACAAGCGCGGCGCGCUCGCCGCCACGUCCGGCUCGCCCAACUGCGGAUCCGACCCUGGGUGGAAACUCUACAACUCCACGAUCAACGUCACGACGCACGUCGGCGACCACGAGCGCACCUACCUCGUCCACGUCCCGGAGGACUACGACAAGAACACGCAGCACCCGGUCGUGCUGUCGUUCCAUGGGUAUGGGAAGACGGCGGAGCAUCAGGAGGUCGCGUCGCAGUUGAGUGAGCCGGGGAAUAAGAUUAAUGGGAUUCCGAUUAUUGCGGCGUACCCGCAGGGAUUGGUGGGUGUCGGACGCUCUGGUGAUGGGUCGGAUGGGAAGUACUCUUGGCAAGCGAGCGAGUAUUCAUCGCCCAAUGCGAGCGAUAUCCAGUUCACGCACACCAUUCUGAAUGAGCUCAUGGCAAACCUUUGCGUGGACCGCACGCGCGUAUACGCGACCGGCAACUCCAACGGCGGCGGCUUUACGAACCGCCUCGCGUGCACCCGCGAUACCAGCGCCCGCAUCGCCGCCUUCGGCAUCGCGUCCGGCGCGCUCUACCCCGACUCUGACCGCGGCGAGGACUGCCACCCGUCACGCAAGAUCCCCCUCCUCAUCACGCACGGCGCCAACGACACCGUCGUCCCCUACAAGGGCGGCCACCCGCACAACGACAACUGGUCCUCGCCCGACAUCGACAAGUUCGCGAAGGGCUGGGCCGCGCGCAACGGGUUCGACGCGGACGGGUACAACUCAACCGAGGUCGACGCGUACAACGCGACGCUGUGGACGUGGGGGGAGGACGGGGACGCGGGGCAGGUGAAGCGCUUCAAGGUGCGCGGGAUGAGGCACCAGUGGCCGAGCACGGUCGAGGGGCUGGAUAAGCAGAACAAGAGCGCGCCGUUUAAUCUGACGGGGCAGGAGCUCUUGCCGUUCUUCGAGCGCUACAGCUUAGACAUAUAG